AGUAAGCAAGAUGGCCAGCCCGGUGCUGUACCGCCUGGACGUGGCAGACGAAGGCUACAGGCGACGACGAAGCCACUGCGUCCUCAGUGUCCCUUCUGUCAUGGCGGGGGCUCCCUCUGGCAACACUUCGCCGUACUACAACAUCGCCAUGUUUGAUGUCUCGGGCUCUAUGGAAGAUGUUUGGCCUCGGGUCGUGAAUCACUGGAACGCGGAAGUGUCGUCUCACAUUAACGGUUCUACGGACAUUUAUACAUUUGGAAAAGAUGUCACUUUCAGACGAAGGGGAACAUAUAUCAAUUCAGGAGACUUCGAUGGCAGCUCCACCAACUUGACAGACGCCUUGCUUACCAUCACCCAAAAAGUCAACCAAUGCACUGAACGCCACGUCCGCGUAUUUCUGCUAACCGAUGGUGAUGGCAAUUGCCGCCGUUCUGCCGAGGAAGUCAUCUACAACAUGCGAAUUCCGCGAGGUAAAGCCAUCGAGGUUUACCUCUUGGGGGUCGGUCGAGAUUUCCCUGUCCAGUACAGCAAGGACAUACGCUCCAGGCUGCAUAACGGCUCGGCUGGAUGCCCAACGCUCUUCUGGGCUCAAGAUGAUUCCGAAGUGCAAAAUGAAAUGAGGAAAAUCCGAGUUGAAAUGUUGAAAGGAAUGAAUAGGGUGCAUGUGUCAGUUCCUGGUAAGAUUCUGCCUCAGAUUCAGCAGACUCAGCAAGUCGGUCAUUACGGCGAGUUCCUCUACUACGAGAGAGACCCUGCAGAGAUCAUGAGUUCCCUUGUAAUAACAGCAGGUGAUGGUACUAGUAUGCCCAUUCAGGGUCCCAUCCAAGUGGCAUCCGCUAACUUCUUGGUGAGUAACUUGUUCAAGCAAUGGAAUGCUGUUCUCGUCCAGCGCCACAGCAACCGAGACGAGGUCCCGAUGGGCGUCUUCGACUUGAUGCGUCACAUCUUCGAGUUGCAGCUGAACCAACUUGAGCCCAUGAACUCAAGUUUGAGGUUCCGUCUUGACCGUAAGUCAGAAAGGGGCUUGAAACUGGAAUUCUCCUCUAUGCUAAGUUCUACGUAUGGGAUCAUUUCUGGCGAUUCCCGCUUCCAGAACGAGAUUCAGCUUGCCGAAGCCAUCCUCAAGUCCACCGUGCAAAACCGCCCCCAUGAAUCCAAAGAACUCGAAACCAGAAACCACGGAGACGCUGAGUGGUCCAGGGACAUUCAGACCUUCAAGGAUCUC